CUGCACGGACAUUAGAGUGGGUUAGACUCCAGUGAAGAGCUGCUGAGAGAGCUGUGUACUCAGUGUGGUAUACAGGGCUAGUGUAGUGCUGGGUGUGGAGCUGUCAGUGUGCUGUGAACUCAGUGUUGUUUUACUAGUGAGGAUGUUGCUGACUUUUUAUCUUCUCUUCACUGGGCUUCAAGUUAUUCAAGGACAUUCAAGAGGGUCAGUACUGCUGUCCUGCUACUGCACUGACCUAAACACCAAACCUGGGACAUUAACCUGGACAAAACACAACACAAACAAUGACACAUGGGAGGAGAUAUCCAGAGAGAGUGGUCAGUACAGAAACAGAGUUCAGCUGUUUAAUGAUCACUCUCCAGGAAAUCUCUCUCUACUCAUAUCACACCUGACUGAAGAGGAUGGAGGAGGUUACCAGUGUUUUGUUCAAGGGAGUGGAUACAUCUAUUUUAAACUCACUGUUAAAGGUUCCACAAACACAGAUUCUACCACUACCUCAACUCCCAGCAUGCAUUUCUUCUUUUUCUUUAUUCCUGUUGUUUUCCUCUUGUUGGGACUUGGAGGAAUCACCUACUGGAAAUACAGAGGACAGAGAAAAGGACAGUUGAAGACUGGAGAACAAAGAGGGACGAGGAGAGAGCAGGAGACACAGGAUGAUGUGACGUACUUUACUGUAGUCCACAGUAACACAACCAGCUUACCCACAAUCACCAACACUGGAGAUAAGACUGAAUAUGCCACCAUCAGAGUCAACUAA